UUCAAAGGCGGGCGGCCCCACACCCAGAAUUACUCGGUUAAAGCACCAGGGCAAUGGUCCUCAGUGGGGGGCUAGUCCUGGGACUCCACACCUUGAUGAGCCUCCUGAGCCCCCACGAAACUGGGGCCAUCAAGGCUGAUCACAUGGGCUCCUAUGGACCAGCCUUCUACCAAUCCUAUGGUGCCUCGGGUCAGUUUGCCCAUGAAUUUGAUGGGGAACAGCUGUUCUCUGUGGAACUGAAGAAGAGGGAGGCCGUGUGGCGUUUGCCUGAGUUUGGCAACUUGGCCCACUUUGACCCACAGAAUGGACUGGCCAGCAUCGCGGUGAUCAAAGCCCAUCUGGAUGUCUUGGUGGAACGCUCCAACCGCACCAGAGCCACCACCGUGCCUCCGAGAGUGACUGUACUCCCCAAGUUUCGAGUGGAGCCGGGCCAGCCCAACGUCCUCAUCUGCAUUGUGGACAACAUCUUCCCUCCUGUGAUCAAUAUCACCUGGCUGCGCAAUGGUCAAAUAAUCAGCGAGGGGGUGGCCCAGACCAGCUUCUAUUCCCAGCCUGACCAUCUGUUCCGCAAGUUCUGCUACCUGACCUUCGUGCCCUCUGCAGACGACAUGUAUGACUGCAAGGUGGAGCACUGGGGCCUGGAUGAGCCGCUCCUCAAGCACUGGGAGCCCCAGGUGCCUAUCCCAGUGCCAGACACCACCGAGACUCUGAUCUGUGCUGUUGGCCUGGCUCUCGGCCUGGUGGGCUUCCUUGUGGGCACCAUCCUCAUCAUCAGAGGCACAUGCUUGUCCAGAGCCCGCAGGUAAUGAACCUUCUAA